AAUUACAUUAAUUACCCCCUAGUAGCUUGAGUAGGCGUGCAUGACAUUUUAGCCAUUUACACUGAAUGCAAUUUAGAGAGAAUCACCCCCCUUCCCCAGAGAUAGACCGACGACGAGUUUAUGUGGACGCUCCCAUACAACUAACUUACAGUAAAAAUGAGAUUUAAAAAGGUAAAUCAAAGCACUAGUAUCAGACUAUAUAUCGAGAAUAUAAAAGGUGAGCAGCUGUGUUAUUUUUAAAUUUUUAAAUAAAUGAAACAUGAAAGAGAAAGAAACAUUACCGCUAAGUCAACGGAUGCUGUGGUAACAUAACUACUGCAGUAGUAGUGUGACUAAGGUUUGUUUGCCAACUUUCCCAUUACACGCAAGUUGGCACGAGGAGAAUCUAGUUCUUACCGAGCAAAAACAAAAAACAUUUGCCUUAAUUUUAAAAAUUAUUACAAAAAUAAGUUGAUUUUAAUGUUACAAAUGUCUUAUUCAAAUAUAUGAUCAAUAAAAAAUAGUUUACCGGGAUUUAUGAAAUAAAUUUAAAACUCACACUCUGCAGUUAGUAGUUUUGCCUGUCCUCCAGCACGUUUGUUUUUCAUGGAAUCAUCCAAUGAAACGGAUUCAUUUUCUUCUCUGCUGAACGACUUAAAAUACCAACUUCCGCUACUUCCGGCGAAAGAAACGUGAGCGAGAGAUACACGUUGUAACAACAGAAACAUACAUCGUGAGAAAUAUACCGGGAUUUAAUCUCGUCGGUACUCGGUUUUGAUGAUUUUGCAUAAAAAAAGAAAAUACGAAAAUCAUUAAGGAAGUUGUGAGAGAAUCGCUGAGUUAAGAACGCCGAGAGGCUACUUGAUUUUUUUCUGUGCUGAUGUUGAAGCGUUUCACAAAGUGACAAACACAAGCUUUCAGCAUGGUGAAACAGUUUUUCAAAAAGAGGAGCAAGAGGCUAACAUGUAGAAAAAAAUACAAAAUAGAAAGAAAGGUUAGAGAACACAACAGAAAGAAGAAAAAAGAAGCAAAGAACAAUCCCAACACUAAAUCUAAAAGAAAAGAUGUGGCUGUCCCAAACAGUUUGCCUUUUAAAGAAGAAAUUUUGAAAGAAGCUGAAGACAGAAAGAGAAGGUUAGAAGAAGAACAGCAACGUCUGAAAGACAAGAGGAAAAAAGACAGACAAAAGAUCUUGGAUAAAAAGAGAAAUUUAGCCAGUCUUGCUCAAGAUGCACAGAAAAGAACAGAGGAAUAUGAGAGAAAGAAUGCUCUGUCGGGGGAGGAGUUGUCCGCCGCUCUGACUGGCGGAAAACCCGUGGAGUCAUCUCUCAAAGCUUACUACAAAGAGUUUAAAAAGGUGAUUGAGGCAGCAGAUGUCAUUCUGGAGGUGCUGGAUGCCAGGGACCCUGUGGGAAGUCGCUGCCCCCAGGUGGAGCAAGCAGUGAUCAGCGCAGGGGCAAACAAGAAACUUGUGCUAGUCCUCAACAAAAUUGAUCUUGUUCCAAAAGAGAAUGUUGAAAAGUGGCUGACCCAUUUGAGAAAUGAAUUACCCACAGUUGCCUUCAAAGCAUCAACUCAGACACAGAAAGAAAACUUGGGGCAGAGUCGAGGCUCACUUCAAAAGACGACAGAAGAUCUGCUGAAGUCAAGUCGCUGUGUAGGAGCAGACGCUCUCCUGAAGUUGCUAGGCAACUAUUGUAGAAACCAAGACAUCAGGACAGCUAUUACUGUGGGGAUUGUGGGGUUUCCUAACACAGGCAAGAGCAGUAUCAUCAACAGUCUGAAGAGGUGUAAAGCAUGUGGUGUGGGCGCCACUCCUGGUUUCACCAAGACCAUGCAAGAAGUCCAUCUUGAUAAACACAUCAAACUGCUGGACAGUCCAGGUAUUGUCAUGGCAACGGGAUCCUCGGACGCUUCAGUAAUUCUAAGGAAUUGUGUGAAGAUUGAGACUCUCCCUGACCCCAUUUCUCCAGUAGAGGCCAUCAUGCGGAGAUGUAGCAAGCAGCAGUUGAUGCUCCACUACAAUGUCCCAGACUACAAGGACGUUCAGGAGUUUCUGUCUCUGCUGGCCACCAAGAUGGGCAGAUUGAAGAAGGGAGGAGUGCCAGAUGUG